AUGAGAAUUUACUGUAAAACGACGACCAGAUUGGCAGUUAUUCUGUUCAUCCUGACCAGUCUAUACCUCUCCUACAGUCAUGUGAGGAAGAAAACGAACGAGGAGGAAAAUUUUUGGCUUUGGGACACUCUGUGGUCUCCCCAGGAAGUACAGACAGACCGCCUUUCUCUAAAUGUUUCAGUCAGUGUGCUGGCUGGUGUCCUACAACAGAAUAAGAAAUUUCUGACAGUGGGUCUGUGUUCUGUAAAGCGGAAAAAGGAAAGUUAUCUACUUGACACGCUUCAGUCGGUCUUCUCUCAGUCUUCACAGAAAGAGCUGUCAGAGAUGGUUGUUGUGGUUCACCUUGCAGACUUUGAUGACAAUUGGGUAAAAGACACAGUGAAAAGUAUCUCAGACAGGUUCAGCCAACAGCUGGCGCAGGGCCACCUUUUGGUUAUCCGAGUUGCUCAGGAAAACUACCCUCCUCUCACAGGGUUAAAGAGGAAUUUCAAUGACCCUCCGGACCGCGUGACUUUCCGCUCUAAACAGAAUGUUGAUUAUGCGUUCCUCCUUCAUUUCAGCAGCAGCCUCUCACAAUAUUACAUCAUGAUUGAAGAUGAUGUAAGUUGCGCCAAAGGCUUUCUGACAGCCAUACGCCAUCACAUCCAAUCAAAGGGAAGUUCCCCCUGGGUCACCCUGGAAUUUUCCAAGCUGGGAUACAUUGGAAAACUGUACCAUUCUGAGCACUUGACGCUGCUGUCACGUUUCCUCUAUCUGUUUUACCAGGAAAUGCCUUGCGACUUCUUGCUGUCCCAUUUUCGCGUCCUCCUCAUGCAGAGUGAAGUCAUCCGCUUCAAACCAUCUCUUUUCCAACACAGAGGCAUUUACUCCUCUUUCCAGGGAACAUACAAUAAGUUGAAGGAUGAGGACUUUGUGGAGGAACUUGCUGACAACCCUCCAGCAGAUGUUGUCACAGAUAUUACUGCAUAUAAGGAUCACAGCCCAAACAAAGCCUACGACCAAGGGAUAGAGUACUUCUGGGGGACCUCUCCCAUUAAUGAAGGGAAUUUCUUCAUGGUGGUUCUACACACACCAGUAAAGCUCUCUCGUAUUCUGAUCAAAACAGGAUCGGAGGAUAAAAAGGACAUUCUUUCUUCUGCAGUAGUGGAGCUUGGAGAGACUGUUGUAAGGACAGAAGGCAGUCCAAAGUGCUUUGGGUUCCAUAAGCUGGGUGUACUAGAGGGGGGACGUUUUGAGCAGCGAGACAUCUCUGGCACAUUCCACGUUCCAGUGUCUUGCUUACGCAUCCGAGUCACAGACAGCCAAUUAGAUUGGGUUAUCAUACAGAACAUUCAGAUUUGGACUGAGAAACAGAACUGA